GAAGAACAGAGGUGCACUUCAAAUCAUCCAAACAUCUCCUGCGCUUCAGGGCAGGUGGGUGAUACUCGCGCUGCGGUCUCACACAAACAAACACACGGCAUCUUUAAACACUUUAAACACGGACCAGUCUGAAAAACCUCAUCGGUCUGUAUCUUGGAUCCGUGGAGCCGCAGCUGAUGUGCGAUGGCCGAGUGCUAGCCUCUGUCUCUGGCCCAGCCACUUGUGUCCAGCCUUGCAUCUCAUUUGGAUGAGCAGGACACUGGAGAAUCCCAUCCGAGCCGAAGGUUGACAUGGGAGAUUGGUGGACUCCAACAAUGAUGCCAGAUCCAUCUCUCGACACCAAAGAGCUUUCCAGUAUUUCUGGGAUCAGCAUGUCUCCCUCCAGGCAAAACUUGCACCAUUCGCUGCAUUCCACCAUGGCUCUGCCCAAAACCUCCUACAGCGUGUUAAGUGCGUUCUGCACUGAGGAGAACAUAUCGCAGUGCAUCGCAUAUAUCAAUCAGGAGGUGUGUUCGCUGGGCUUGACUGGAGUGAGUUUAGAGUCUAAAUCAGGCAGUCUGAGCGCUGUGCCGGUUCUGAACCUGCUCUAUGAAGUACUGCAGCUGCAGAGGAGAGCUCAGCGAGCCCUACAUGAGCUGGAGACGCAGCAGCUAAAGAACGGCAGUGACCUCGAGCAUCUGCAGCACAGCAACUGUAGACUCAAAGACCAGCUGGAGCACACCAGGAGAGAUAACUCGGGCCUGCAUGAGGGUGAGCGACAGCUACAGCUGAAGAUCAAAACCUUACAGAACUGGCUCAAGUCUGAGAAAGAGGAAGUACAGAAACUGCAGAGCAUCAUCUCUAGCCGUGCCACGCAGUACAACCACGACACCAAGCGGAAAGAGAGAGAGUGCACCAAACUAAAGGAACGUCUCAACCAGCUGCUCAUGGACAAGAGAGACAAGAAACUCUCCAUUGAAAUAUCAAACCAUGUGGGAAGGUCAGAUGGCAAGAGAGGCCUCUGGAAGACGGGAAAGAUGGAGGCCAGACACGAGGGCGAGAUGUACAGGGCUCUGCUGAGUGAUUAUGAGACACGGCAGAGAUCUCUGAUGAUGGAGAACUCUGAGCUUAAAAAGGUGUUGCAGCACAUGAAGAAGGACAUGAUCACCAUUCUGAGCCCAAAGAAACCCUGCGUCAAAACAGAGCCAGCGAAUGAUAGCCUCGAGCAGGCUGUCUCUGAGGGUGAGGAGGAGAUUGGUGACUGCAGCAGAGAGAGUCUGGAGCAGUCGUGUGAACAGGCCCGCGAGCAGCUCACCAACAGCAUCCGCCUGCAGUGGAGGAAGCUCAAGAGCCACGUGGAGAGACUCGACAGCCAAGCGUCGCUGGUGGCGAGUCAGGAGCACGAGGGAGAGGAGAUGAUGUCCAGGAAGGAGCACGAGGAGGAGAUGCAGCGGAUGAGAAUGGAGUUACAGCAGUGUAAAGAGUUCAUCCACAUGCAGCAGCAGCUUCUACAGCAGCAGCUGAGCUCACCGUGCGAUGAGGAGACGGCAGCUCUGCUGAACGACUGCUACACACUGGAGGAGAAAGAGCGGCUCAAAGAGGAGUGGAGACUCUUCAAUGAGCAGAAGAGGAACUUUGAGCGAGAGAGGAAGAAUUUCACUGAAGCUGCUAUUCGUCUGGGACACGAGAGGAAAGCAUUUGAAGAAGAUCGAGCUGCAUGGCUGAAGACCCAGUUUUUGAACAUGACUCCAUUUGUAGACCGUAAAAGACCUGCAUUGUCUGAACCUCACAGUGCAUUAUCAGUUGGCACAGAACCUGAGGCCAAACUGCAGCCCACUCCACCGCUCGUGACCAAGUCCCUGUUCUCCACCCCUAAAGCAGCUUCGGUGAAGAUGCCCUCCACUGCUGACCUCUACCGCACGCUGCACCUCAUCCCAGACAGCAGAGGCCACGGGAAAUGUCCAAGCGGUGAGAUGUCGACAAAGUCACGGUUGCGUAAUUGUUCUACAGACUGCAGUGUCAUCUCAUUGGUCCGAGACGAGAACAGCCCCAUCUGAUGGCAUGUCAGUAUUACACUGGUCAAACACUACAGAAGAGACACUCCAUUGUUCAAACUGUCGUAAUUGUAAGUCUUUCGUUCAUCCCCAUCACAGCAUGACGAACCAGCUGCUCCUUUACCUCCUCAUCGGCUUUGCUGUGUUGUCCCUUUAGGGAUUUAGGGUUGAAUAAAACAGAUAGUGUGUUUUGCUGGAUCAGACUGAUCUCGGAGACAAUCAUUUGCAUUUGCCACCAUUAAAUCUCAUAAAUAUGUAAAGUGGCCAAUGUGCAUUGUGUAGUAGUAAUUAUAAGGUAAUUAAAAAAUAUACCUUAAAUCAGGUUGUGAUGAUUUUGUGAGCUGUAAAUGUUACAUUAAUUCAUUAAGCACUUUUAAGAGGAGAGAUGUUUGAUGUAGCUUUUAAAUACUAAUAUAAUUUGAUAUUUUGAUUUGCCAUUGUUGCAAAAACACUUAUUUUGGGUUGGGUUUCACAUUUAGUUUUGUACUUUUAUUAUAAUUUAGUGAUGCUAAGUACUAUGUAUUGAUCACAUCUUUUUUUAAUGCAAGACACAGAACAGGCUUUUUUCCACUUGAAUGCUGAAUAUUUAUAUUGAAAAAUCAAGAAUGACUUUGAUAGAAUUACUUUUAGAACACGUUUACACAUUUAAAGAUCAAUUUCUUUAAAUCAGUGCAAUAAAGUUUGAAAGAUUUGAAAAUUAAA